AUGUCCAAAAACUGGUGCGAUUAUACUUCUGAGGACGACGAACUCCUCUACAGCCAGGAAUUCAACCUGGAGAUGGAACUCGCCAAACAGGACCAGACCUCUGGACCAUCUGAGGAGGUGGUCCAAACCUCUGUAACUCUUGAAGAGUUGGAGAGGGAGCAGUUGGGGCCUCAAACCCAACAGAGGUCUGAAGAGGAAGAAGACCAGGGCUUGGUCUUAAACAUGCUUGAAUUUGAAACGGCCUCUAAACUUGCUCAGGCUUUAGAUGCCAGAGAGGAACUUCUCCAAGAACUGGAAGACCUCAGGUAUGUUCGAGAAAUUGACCACGAACAGCACCAGGAGGAGAAGCUCAAGUUAUUGAACAAAACUGAGCUGAUCAUUGCAGGUCAUAAGAAGCAACUCCAAGGCUUCAAAUCUGAACUGCACACAGUGAAAAAGGAGAACAGACAAUUAGUGAGAGAAUCUGAGGAGCUGAAACGUAGGAUUCAGAUCAAAGAUGGAGAAGUAAACCAGCUUGUCGAACAGCAUGAGGAGGACAAGAGGAAAAUGAAGCGGAUUAUUCAAGAUCAUAACACUGAAAUGAAGAAAAAGGACAGAAUAACCCAAGAACUCAAAAUUGAACUGAACAACGUGAAAGAGGAGAGAGCAGCACUUAUACACCAGUCAGAUGAACUGAAGCACCAGCUUCAGUCCAAAGAUCGCAGUAUGGACGCACUGCAGAAACAAGUUUCUGAAAUGAAACACAUGUUGGAGCAAAUUCGAAAAGAUUCCAGACAAAAAUCCAAACAGUGGGAAAAGGAAAAACGGAAUCUUCAGACGGACGCUGCCAAUAUGAAAUCCAAACUCCAGAAAAAAUCUUUAGAAAAUACAGAGCUGACUGAGCAGAACUCUCAACUGAAGCGUGCACUGGCAGAUUUCAGAACGAACAUGUCUGCUCUGAAACAUGAACUGGAAACCAAAAAACAAGAGGCGGCUGUCCAGAAGGUCCAGAUGUUGCGGCAAAUGGAAGACAAAGAUACGCAGAUCCGAAAAAUGGACGAGGAGAAGGACGCCACUUUGAGGACCUGUGAGGAGAGAUGCAGUGCAUCAGACCAGCAAUUGAAAAGAGCAGAGGUAGAGCGCUCCCUGCUGACGGAGAAAUGCAGUGUGUCAGACCAGCAAUUGAAAAGAGCAGAGGAAGAGCGCUCCCUGCUGACGGAGAAAUGCAGUGCGUCAGACCAACAAUUGAAAAGAGCAGAGGAAGAGCGCUCCCUGCUGACGAAGAAAUGCAGUGUGUCAGACCAACAAUUGAAAAGAGCAGAGGAAGAGCGCUCCCUGCUGGUCAUUAAGAACAACGGGUUAAAGCAACAGAUAGAAGAGGAGAAACAAAUCAAAACCGAACUAGAGGAGGAGAAGACGGCUCUCUUAAAGACCUGUGAGGAGCUAAAGGCAGAGCGCUCCCUACAGGCUGAAAGAUGCAGUGCGUUGGAGAAACAGCUGAGGAGCACAGAAGAACAGCGCUCCCUGCUGGAGAAGAUGAGCAUAACACUGGAGCACGAGCUGGAGAAGAGGAAGAGGAAAUGGUACAGGAGACUGUCCCGCGUUUAG